AUGUCUAUCAACUAUUUAAUUUUUGGUAGAUUUCCUGUGAAUAGUGGAAAUAGCUAUCCGUCCACUGAGGUCCAACCAAGACUGCUACAAUUAACUCUUGAUAACAAAAAUUUUGAUGCCUCAAUCAGCAACAAGAAGGAUGCACUACAUUUACAUCUUGACUGUAAGCAGUUUCUUCCAGAUGAGAUAACUAUAAAAGUGGUUGACAGGUAUGUUAUGAUCGAGGGACAACGCAAGGAGCCGCAAGUCGAGCUUGACCAUAGUUCCUUGAAUUUAUUUAAACAGUUUUUAAUCUCUGAGGAAUAUGAUAUUGAAAACGUUCAUGCAAAAAUCAGUUUGGACCACAUCUUGACUAUAGAAGUUCCUGAAAAAAACAUGUCCGAAGUUAAAGAAGACAAUGUUAUUACCAUGGAACAGACCAACGAGCCAAUUAUCGAAAUACCAGAAAUGGAGGAAUAG